AUGGACAUCUCCAUAGGAUUGACUAUACUACUUCAGAUGAAUGCUGUGAGUGACAAAAUUCUUACUCAAAAUGCUUACACAAUAAGAGAGUUUAUUAUCCUACAUAAUAAAAAGUCUAGAGAUUGCAGUCCCCCUUGGCUGCAAGACGGCUGCAGAGAUCUGGAUAUUACAGCCAGAAAUGACUAUUCUGAGGAAGAAAAGGGAGUUGCUAGUACCACUGUCUCUUUCUUAGGAGCCAGGAAACCUUUCCCAGAAACCCCCUGGAGACUUCCCUUGCACAUCAUUUGCCAGAGUUCGGCAGAAUCUGAUCAUCCUCGGGCGUUUCUUGUUUCAGGGAAUGGUAGCCUUAGCUACUCAGUUGCCCAACUCGGAAAACAGCGAGUCGUCAUCAUGCUGCUCCUUUCCCCUUCCCUCCUAAUGUACCCUCGCUUGAGACUUCACAGAGCUGCCACCUUCACAACUCGCCCGCGAGAGCGAUGCCCUGAACCGUUCCGGAGAAAAAGACCACUGGCCACCACCUUGAUGACAACACCUCCGUGUCUCCUCCCGGCUCAGGCUGUCCGGCAGCCGUCCAUCCAUGGCCUCUCCCAGAUAACCAGCAGCCUGUACAUCAGCAACGGCGUAGCGGCGAACAACAAACUCAUGCUGUCCAGCAACCACAUCACCACGGUCAUCAACGUCUCCGUGGAGGUGGUCAACACCUUUUAUGAAGACAUCCAAUAUGUACAGGUGCCCGUGGCUGAUGCUCCAAGCUCACGACUCUACGACUUCUUCGACCCGAUUGCUGAUCACAUCCACAGCGUGGAGAUGAAGCAGGGCCGCACGCUGCUGCACUGUGCUGCUGGGGUGAGCCGCUCGGCCGCGCUCUGCCUGGCCUACCUCAUGAAGUACCACGCCAUGUCGCUGCUGGACGCCCACGCGUGGACCAAGUCGUGCCGCCCCAUCAUCAGACCCAACAACGGCUUUUGGGAACAACUCAUCCAUUACGAGUUCAAGCUGUUCAGCAAGAACACCGUACACAUGAUCAACUCCCCAGUAGGCGUGAUCCCCGACAUCUACGAGAAAGAGAUCCGCUUGAUGAUGCCGAUGUGA